UGUGGGUUUGGUUAUGGCUCGUACCACUCAAACAGGUCCUGGCUCUCCACUACCCGCGGGAACCGGAUCCUGCAAGAGGACCGAGGAGGCAGGCCCCAGUGGUGGGGAACAAAGGCAUAUGAGAAAUAAUGACCCUCGCACAGAAAGUAUAAAGGGGCAACAAUGUGAUGUGUGA